AUGGAUACCUCACCUGAGAUUCGACUAUCUCUGGUAACCUAUAUACAGGAAAAGGACAAGAUGAGGACACCAAGGGACACUGGGCUGAACAUCGCCUUCACGUACGACCCGAUAGCCGAUUAUCUCGAAUGUGGCUACUCGGAGACCGACUGUGCUGAUUUAGCCGAUGAAGUAACAGCCAACGCAAUCAUGAGUGCCCUCCGAAGGAGGAUUUUAGAGGGCAACGAGCCAGAGCGUUGA